UCGCGAUAAAUUUGUCAAUGUAUCUUUGUUAAUAUAUUGUCAAUAUAUGUAAUCUACAAUUUUUACACAGGUAGAUUUAAGGUAGAUAACGUUUUGAUUUAAGAUAAAUAGCAGGGACGUCAGCGAUGACUCGCGUUUUGUAAUCGUAAUCAGAUAAUUUUACUUGUUCAUGAUCCGAGGCAGGAUUCUCUAUGAAAAUCAGUUUUGACGUUACUUUCGCUCAGCCGCGACGUCACCUCGAGGUCGGGGAAUUAUUAUGGUGCAUUGGUGCGCAUUGUGUGCGCAUUGCGUAAUUUGUCGGUGAUAACGGCACGAUAAUGCGCAGCUUUGUGAACACUUUUGCUGAUACGAUUCAGAGAACAACAAAAGAAAGGAAGAUGUGGAAAUGUUGGUGAUUUUUUUAUUUAUUUAAAUAUAAAUUCAAAAAUUAGUUUAAUUUUAGUUUUUUUUCUUUCAAAAAGUCUUAAUUUAGUUUUUAAAAUUUUUUAAUAACUACAAGAAUAAUUUUUUGCCGGCAAUCGCGCGCUUAUUGAUUCGUUGCGAAAUCAUGUCCGAAUAAAUGUCCAACAUCGCAUUCACAUACGUUCAUGUACCAGCGAUUGGGCGCACUUUUAUUUUCCCGCGUCAUCUUUCGCCGUUUUAUGAGAGAUUCUGCAGCGUAUACGUAACAUUCCAGUUUAAUACCAGACGCGCACGAAGAAAAGCUACAUAUAACGCGCCCAGCAGCGCACGUUGCGCAACUUUCAACGGAGUUUAUAAUGAAUUUCUGUUUGUUCUUUCAUUGGCAAAGAUUCUGAAAAGGAUUCUCAGUAAAGUACGAUAAAGGCUCUUUUUUUUGGACGAAGUCCAAGUUAAUUGGUACCUCUUAUACUUUCAGAUCGAGAUGAGUCUACAAUAAAUUGACGUUGAUUUCUAUAGAACCGUAUCUGGCUCGAUUUUUAUCUUUCGCUACAAACAAAAGAUAUCACCAUAAUAAUUCAAUUGCAACGUACAAUAUUAUCGUAAUCAAGCGAUUACGAUAAUAUUGUACGUUGGAACAGAUAACACGCGGAUAAAACACUUUGCUAUACGUAUUACGUGAUACGUCAUCACUGGGAACAAAACCUAACAAUUGAAUUGGCGGAUGCCUUGGCUUCCUUAAUUACACUUAACGCGUAUUGAUAGUCGCGCUAGAAAGAAACGCGGCUCCUCUCUAUUACGGAAACGUGUAAUUCGCAUUGUUACAUACGAGGCCAGCGACAUAAGCAAGACGACCGUCUUACAAUUAGUGCUUAGUCUUAUUCUUAGUGCUGCGAUGUUUACCUUGUGACAAAAACGACGCAUUACAUUUAUUUUUAAUUAGUAAAUAUUGUACUUAUUAAUAUCAAAGAAGUAGAAAAUCAACUUCAUCGUCGAGAUAUUGUCAUUAUUUAUACUAUUAAUAGAUACUAUUAAUCAUGAUGUCAUUGUGAUUCAUCAUAUGAUAUUCGUAUUAGGCUAUUCUCUUGUUCCGUUUAAUUCGAUUUAAAUGGAAACGCACGCCCGACGAUACAUCUCGUGCUUGUAAAGCUUCAAGCUAUUAUAUAUCUCGAUGUCAACGACGAUAUAAGUCAAGAAUUACAUUGCAUCACAUCAGCGUAGUUUAGAUAAUUCCUUUAAAGCCCGGUUACACCACGUCGCUUAACUUUCGUCUCUUUCUAAGGAGCACAUUAAAAAGAGAUGAGUGAGUUAAGCCACGGUUGUUAAAGUUAAGCGAUGUUGGUGUAGAAGUAAUACCGGGUUUAAGUAAUAUCUCUUAAUUGCACCUCUUAGAAUCUACAAAUCAACAUGAUGCUUUCCAUCUACCUUAUUUCGAAGGCCGUGAGUUUGAUGCUGUUUGAUCGCACCUAAUCGCGUUGCGACAUCCCAACGCAAAUUAUGCGCGAGAGAGAUGCCACGCGAGAUACCUGGACUGAUCAUCCAAUGAUCACGAUCGACGGGUCGCACGUGACCCUGUGCGGCUACUUUCACGUUGUUCCGAAUGCUACGUGCGCUCGUACGUCACGUGUCACCGAUGUAACUUGUAAAGUGGGUUCUACAAAGAGAGUUUAACGCAUAAAAUUUAAUCUUUAAGCUGUAAACUUUAAGUAAGAAAUCGACCAAUCACAGUCGAACGUGAAAAAAAAAUCGAUUGUGAUUGAUCGAUUUCUUACGGUUUAAAGCUUAAAGCUUAAGUUUUAUACCUUAAGUUCUCAUUGUAGAACCUGCUCAACGUCGCCUCUCACUACGUACAUACAUACAUACAUGCGUGUGCGCUUGUAGCUAACUUCGGUGUGCACGUACCGCGUGUAUGUACCAUAAACCAUUGCCUGCUUGACGAUUCUGACAGUGUACCGGACUCGCUAGCCGCUAGCCGCUGUCAGUAUCGAUGUACGAGCGCGCGCGAGCGGAGCCGUCGAAACGGACAACGGCACGGACGACGACGACGAAUAAUCGAUCGUCGUCCUUCCUCGAUCUCGUCGUCGGCAAGAGUUGUACGCGUGAACACGCAUCGGGCGAAGCGCCCACCUGAAUGAAACGAUCGCGAAACGGUCAGUCCACGUGGUGGUGAUCGAUUCUGUCCGAUAUUACGCUAGCUUGCUCGAUCGCGAUCCUACAACGCGUCCGCGAUGACCGUCAAUAAUGCGCGCGUACGGCAGAAAAUAAAAUAUCCUAAAUCGGUGUUUUUCAUCGUCAGCAAUGAAUUCUGCGAAAGAUUCUCUUUCUAUGGAAUGCGCACCGUCCUGACGCUGUACCUGAUUGAUAUGCUUAACUAUGAGGCGGACACAGCCAAGAUCAUCUACCACGUGUUCACGUGCCUCGUCUACUUCUUCCCGCUGUUUGGUGCGAUCUUGUCUGAUUCGUGGCUCGGGAAAUUUCGCACCAUCUUUUACGUCAGCAUCGUUUACGCGAUUGGUCAAUUAGUUUUAUCUUUGAGCGCGCUACCUCCGCUCAAAAUGCCUGCAAAAGAAUUUUCCUUGCUAGGUUUAUUUCUGAUAGCGGUUGGUACAGGCGGGAUAAAACCUUGCGUGUCAGCUUUCGGAGGCGACCAGUUCGUCUUGCCUCAACAGGAACGACAAUUGGCAGCGUUUUUCUCCAUCUUUUACUUCUCUAUCAAUACGGGCUCUCUAAUCUCCACCGUGCUUACACCGGUGAUACGCGACACGCAGUGCUACGGUACCGAUUGCUUCUUCGUGGCAUUCCUGGUGCCGGCCAUUCUAAUGAUCGUAUCGAUCGUGAUAUUCGUCAUAGGAAAACCAAUGUAUAAAAUAGUGAAACCUACAGGCAACAUUGUCGUCACGGUUACCAAGUGCGUUUGCCAUGCAAUUGGCAAUAAAAUAAGAGGAAAAGGAGGGAAACGCGAACAUUGGCUUGAUCGUGCCGAUGACGUGUACGACACUAAACUGAUUGAAGACAUCAAGGCUACGCUACGUGUGCUGCUACUUUUUGUACCACUGCCAGUGUUUUGGGCGCUCUAUGACCAACAGGGUUCACAAUGGACACUUCAAGCAACGCGGAUGAAUGGCGAAGUUGGCAGUCUCGUGAUACUACCUGAUCAGCUACAAGCUGUGAAUCCGCUGCUAAUUAUGAUCUUCAUACCUAUUUUCGAGACAUGUAUCUAUCCAGCUUUCGCUAAAAUAAAUCUGAUCAACACGCCCUUGAAAAAGCUCGUUGUUGGUGGACUCUUGGCCAGUCUAGCCUUCGUCUCGGCCGGCAUCGUCGAUUUGGAGCUCGAGAAAACAUAUCCGGAAUUACCAACUAAAGGAUCUGUUCAACUCCGGAUUUUCAAUACAAUGAAUUGUUCCAUAGAUCUAGAAAUGGAAGGAUACGGAGCAGUCAACGUAGAACCGCUAAGUAUGUGGUCGAAUUUAGAUAUAAAGGCGAAUGGAUCGAUUAGGCUGCCUUACGAAGCGACUUACACAAAUUGUAUCUUCAAUGGCUACAAAUUUCCAGCUAGUGCAUCAGGUAAUAUAACGGCCGUGGAAGCUACCGCGACGUCUUGGGUCAUAACGCCUUUAGGGUUGUCGCACUACUAUAAUGAUACGGUGAACAAACCGGAGAAAGGCAAACCGAUGGUUCGCAGUCUUAUGUAUCUCGCACCUGAAUUAAACAAGAAUGCCACGCUAAGAUUUCUUCGUGGCGAAGACGAAGUCAAAGCAAUAAACAUCACUAGCUUGACCUUCUCGCCCUCCCCCCUGAUAGAACUCGAGAAGCCAGACGACUACAACAUUUAUCUGGACAAAGAGUUGCUACAGAAGAAUGUACCUCUUAAACUUGGCGGAGUGUACAGCAUAGUGGGUUCCUACGUGUACUUAGAGAAAGGCGAUCCGAGUAGGCCGAUUAGUAACACGGUAACAGUAACACCACCCAACACGUUGCACAUGGCCUGGAUGCUGCCACAGUACAUCAUCAUCACGAUGGCCGAGGUGAUGUUCUCGAUAACGGGUCUACAGUUCGCCUUCACCCAAGCGCCAGAGAGCAUGAAGUCUCUGCUAACGGCUGGUUGGUUGCUCAGUGUGGCCUUCGGUAAUCUCAUUGUCGUACUCGUGACGGAAAUCAAGUUCUUCGAGCGACAGGUAUUCGAAAUUUUCCUCUACGCUGGAUUGAUGGCCGUAGUUAUAGCAAUAUUUGCCGUGAUGACUCUAUUCUACAAAUACGUGGAAAUGCCGGAAGAAGAAGACAGUGACAAGCCUAUACCUUUAGAGGAGAAAAAUGGAAAGGUCAAUUCAGCCUUCAAAGAGGAUGAAAAGUGACAGUGAGAGAAGAGAGGAGAGAAGAAAGCAAGAUGAUGUGUCCCCUUGUUCAAAUAAGGGCACGUCAUAAAGACUUCGUCAUGAAAAAUAUUAUUACUCGUGCACUCGAACAUCAGCUCGAUUCUAUCGAGCAUCUCGUUAACUUCGAAUGUGACGAGAUAAAAGAAAUUUUCUCUUAAAGCACAAACUCAUCUUUCUCCUUUGAGAUUUUGUAAAAAUUUAUGAUAGGCCAAAGGUAUAAUAUUCUACUGUAUAGCAAAGCGUGUAUGUGUUUGUGCGCAAAUUGACAUCUUAAUUGUCAACAAAAUGGGAGUCUGCAGAAUGAGAAACAGAAAGAAAAAAAUAUGAUAUACUAUAUAUAUCAUUUAAAAAUAUUUAAAAUUUUAUAGGAAUUGUAUAUAUAACUUUUAACAAUUUUUAUAUCCUUACAGAUGAGGUCUGUUUAUACUUAUCUGUACCAUAUUCGUAUUGUAUCCACACUAAAUUCUAUUUAUUAAAAUAAAAUAGAAAUAUUUUCAACUUUCAUUGUUUGUAUCUGUAUAAGCAAUGUCCAUAAUAGUAUCGUUAAUAUCAUUCGCAACAAAACUUUUUAAAAUUGUAUAUACGUGCGAAUGUUUUAUGAACGAUGAAAUGAUUUGUGUUGUGUUACACAAAUGUUGAAAGUAGAAUAUUUAAAGAUAAAUAAUUGACAAAUUAAAUAAAUGAUAUGUUUAUAAAAUUGUAUAAAGCAAGAAAUUUAAUUAGUGAACUGAAAAAUGUUUAAGUGACGAAGUAAAUGCUAAAACAUUGUCUGGAGGUAAAACGAUAAUUACUAACCGUUAAAAUAAUCGUCAUAUGUAUAAUUAAUCUUUCCAUUUCCAAGUUAAUAGUUACACAAAGUUUUUAUACAUCUUAUUUGACAAAGAAGUGAUUUAAAAACAUUCUGAUAUUUUGAAAAUUAGACAGAAAUAUGUAAAUAAGUAAAUAAAAUACAAAAAUACUGUAAAUAAUAUGUAAAUAAAUAAAUAAUGUACAUAUGUAGUCGGGAAACGCUAUAUAGCUGCAGUGAAAUAAAAGAGUUAAGGAUUUUUAUUCCAA